UCUGGAGCUCAAACUGGUUCUGAUCCAGUUAAUAUUAAUGGUUCUGGUCCAGUUUCAGGUCCAAGGCUCUGAUGUCCACCUUCUUAAACUCUGUCACCAGCUGGGAUCUUCUGAUGCUUUGAUUUCUGCAUAAAAACUAAAAGAAGUCCAAUAAAGCCCGGACUUCACUGUGGCUCCACUUCUCUGGCUCUGGCUCCAUUUUGGUUGAAGACAUGUCCUCAGAUCAAGUGCAGGUGUCUGCUUUGGGUCAGCCUUUCUCUUUAGGCAUGCUGUAUAAUGCUUACAAAGACCAGCUGAUCACAGGUUUCACUCUGUGGGACAGAGAAACUAUCAACAAGCACAACAUCAGACAGACUCAGAGAAGCAGUUCCUGUGAAAUUAGUGUCUCUGACUCCUUUGAAUCCAAGUCUUCUCUGCUGGAUCUGAAUGCAUCUGUCAAAGCCAGUUUUUUGGGUGGUCUGGUUGAGGUUGAAGGAUCUGCAGCUUAUCUCAAUGACAAGAAGCAAUUCAAGAACCAGAGCAGAAUCAUCUUUCAAUACAAAGCCACAACUGAAUACAAAGGGCUGUCUCUGUCUUCUCUAAAAGUUGAGGACUCUCGGGUUAGGGAUUAUACAGCAAAAAUCAGUGCAACACAUGUAGUCACAGGCAUCCUUUAUGGGGCAAAUGCUUUCUUUGUGUUUGACAGUGAGAAGUUAGAUUCAAACAGUGUUCAGACCAUUGAGGGCACCAUGCAUGCUGUGAUCAAGAAAAUUCCAUUAUUGGAUGUUGAGGGCAAAGCACAAUUACAGCUGAGUGAAGAAGAAAAAGAUGCAUCCAGUAAAUUCACCUGUAAAUUUUAUGGUGAUUUUAUUCUUGACAAGAACCCUGUGACACUUGAAGAUGCAGUGAAGACCUACGCCAAGCUUCCAGAUCUUUGUAAAAACGGAGAACAUGCAGUUCCUCUUAAAGUCUGGCUGACUCCUCUGAAGGACCUUGAGCCAACAGCAGCUGAGCUGAAGGAACAGAUUUCCUUUGGUUUACUCAGAAAGGCUAGAAUUUAUUUGGAAAGUAUCAGAGAAAUAGAAAUGAGAUGCAGUGAGGCUCAGCAAGAGAAAGAAGUAAUGAUUUUUCCACAGAUUCAUAGAAAGUUGAUUAUUUUUGAAGAUCUGUGUAAAGACAACAUAGAAAUGCUCAGACAAACAAUGCAGGAGAAGAUUCCUCUCAUUCGUGAAGGUAAAGAAGAUGAAACAUCUUUGGAAAACCUCCUUGAUCAGCAAGAGAAUUCUCUGUUUAGUCCCAAAAGUUUACAUAAUUGGUUAGAUAAUGCAGAGAGAGAAAUUAAUGUCAUUAGGUCUUGUGUGGGGAUUAUGGAGGGAAUCCAGAUUGGCUCAGAUAAGAACAACCUGGACAAAAAGGUUCUAGCUCCAGGCGUAGAUGAUGUCUUCUGCUUUGUUUUUACCUCUGUGAAAACUGAUGACCCCUUCCUGGACCAGAUGAUCAACUAUCUCAGUAAAGAUAAGACAGAACCUCAACCCUCCGUGCCUCCAUCCACUAGAGACCAGUGGUUCUUCUCAGAUGAAGUUGUAACCAACAUGAGGAAAAAGGUCAAUGAGUUCAGUUCAGCUUCCAAACGACUGAAAGGCAGCAGCAGAUUUUGUUUCGUUGUAGCAGCUCUUCCGAAUGCAAAAUUCAACGGAGCCACCAUCUACCAGUAUAGAGACGGGCUUCUGAAAACUGAAGACUUCUCACGGCCUGAAGUUCCUAAUGUGACAGCUCAGUUGGACCGAAGAGAUCUUGCAUGGUACUACUGCAAUCUGACCUUGGAUCCAGACACAUGCAACAACUGGCUUGUACUAUCUGAUGAAAACACUAAGGCAACUUGUGGAACCUUACAGCAGCAGUAUGACGAAAACCCCUGGAGAUUUAAAGACUGUAAUCAGGUUCUGUGCCAGCAGGGGCUGACAGGAUGCUGUUACUUUGAGGUUGAGUUGGGCUUUACACAUCCUGAAUCGGUUGGGGUAGCUCUUGCAUACUAUGGCAUGCCAAGGAGUGAAAAGAAUACUCAGGAUCCCUUUGGAAAGAACAUGGAAUCCUGGUCUUUUGGUGUUUUCCACGAUAUCGUUGAGUCACGCUAUGAUAAUAAGCAAUGGAGCCAACCUCUUCCUGCUGAUGGAUGCAGCAGAGUUGGUGUGUAUCUGGAUUGGUCCGGUGGCUCUUUGUCAUUUUACAAUGUUGUCUCAAACCAACUGAUUCACCUGUACACCUACAACGCCAAAUUCACAAAGCCACUUUACCCAGGUCUAUAUGCCUGGGGUUCACCCAACUUUGCUUCCUUCAUACAUAUUUAGAGAUAAACAACAGGGCCAAUAAUAUAGGAUUCAGGCAGAUGUGGCGUACAAGCAGUUAGCAACUGAUUUAACUAAAGAAGACAUUUUAAAUUUAAGUAGUUCCCAAAACUAGCAAAGGGAAAUUCAUGGACUAAAAAAUAAUGAUAGAAAUAUUUUGCAUACAAAAUGGUUUUCAUGGGUGCAUUUCAUUCACUUCAUUUAGAAAAUAAUUUGCUUAGAAAGUAAAAGAAAAUAAAACAAGAUUUACUUAGAAGAUAGGGAACCGUGUACACCACUCUGUGAUAAAGUUUUUACUAAGGUUUACAGUAAAUGUUACACCUUGGUUGUAUGAUGGCAUCUUAACUUCUUAUCCAUCUGGCUAUUUAGAUGGUUUCUGUUCCAUACAGCAGAAGCAAAGUCUGAGUUCUAGAUGGACAACUUUGUUAAAGUUGGAUGAAACUGAUAGAACACUUUAGCC